AUGAGUACGACGGCGGAAGAAAAUUGGCAAACGGCAUGGGUACGUGGCGGCAAAAUAGCCGACCUCGUGUGGAUCGGUCAGGACACGCUUGCAUGGUGUUCAGGACUUCAUAUCGUCUUCUUCGACGUAGCUGCCAACAAAGUGCGCUUGUCAAAGUUUGCAAGCGACGUCACUAUGGCUGGUAUCACGUGCUUGUCUGGCCACUUGAGUCGACGGGUUUUCGCGUUCGCCGAAAAAAAUCGCGAACCGAAGAUUAUUGUGCACGCUUAUCCUUCGAUGCUGAGAUUGAGCGAAUGUGUCGAUGGAACGAGUAAUGUUUAUUUGAGGACUGCUAUCACUGGGGAUUAUUUGGUGUCGUUAGGUUCGAUGCCGGAUUUUAAGUUGACAGUAUGGUCAUGGAGAAGUGGGAUGAAAAUGAACGAUAUCGAAACUGGUUUGCCUGAUGCUGGGGAUGAUGGGCAAACUUUGCGGUUAAGUAUUUCAAUGCCAUUGUAUGCUGCGCAAAUUGGCAACACUUCCGGUAGACUUUUGAUCUGGGAGAUGACUUUGAUCAGUACGACAGCAAUUUUCGCUAAAACUGAAAUUAAAAUGCCAAAAAGGGCCUUAGUCAAAGAUGUAUCUUGGUGUCCUGACAAAAACGAUUUACUCGCCAUCGCCGAUCAAGACGGGCAUAUCUACCUAACGAAUCCAACCGGCACUGACCUGAGCCGCAUCGUGCUAUCGCAACGCUGCGGUGUUUGCGUAGAAAUUGAACCGGCGGCACUUUGUUGGUACCAAGGUGGCAUUAUAUUGCGAACAACCUUUUGCCAGAUUCGAUAUUACCGAAAAGACAGUUCGGAUUUUUGGCGCAAAGUUUGGUUCGUUAAAAAUUACUGUUGGCCUACCGUUCUGACUUCGUAUCCUCACCGACACGAUCGACUGUUCUUCGCGAGCAAAGAAGGUCAUGUAAAUCAGAUUAAAUUCUCGGAGAAUACCGUGCAACCUAUCAUAGAGGAGAAACACUUCAAUGGAGGAAUUUAUAGUUUUGUUGAUUUUAUUCGUCCUUGGGGUGAUCAUAUCGUUGCGAUCGAUGCGUCUUUGGCGUUGGAACUUAUUGAAGCUCGUACUGGUGCGACCGUUAUGAAUAUAGCUCUAGAUGUUGAAGGAAAGCCAAACAAAAUGUUGUCGCAUCUCGAUUAUCCCAUUGUCGUCGUGUGCUCUGACAAAGGAGAAGUAUUGUUUGUAAGUUUGCUUCAGUAUCAUAAGCCAAUGACUUUGGUCAAGUAUAAAUUGCAUUCGGAGGGAUUGGAUUUUAUGAAAUUUUCAAGCACAGGAAGUUAUUUGAUUGUCGGACAAAGAGAAUCUGGAAUAUGUUAUAUUUUGUCAAUAUUUGCCAAUCGCCCGAUCGACGUCGUUACGCAACUUGACGCAAACGCGAGAAUAGCCGACAUUAUUUUAUUUGACGUACAAGACAACCUAAAGCUUUAUAUACUUAUCAAAUCAUCGAGCAUCGUACCAAUUGGGCAUAAGCUUUUAUUAUAUACGCUUGCUAGUGGUCAGCGUCAAUUUACAAAAGCACAAAAUGCUUUUUACUUUAAUGAAUUUCAUUCUGAUUUAUAUUACACAUACAGAGAUAAUAGUAGCUUCUUAGGUUCGCCUUAUUUGACAAAGCAUUUGAGAUUUUAUAAAAUAACCGAUUGGAAAAUUAUUACAUGCAGCGAGAUCGUGUCAAGCGGUCAUAAUCUCAGAUGCAUUAAAGUGUUUACGGAUAAAAAAUGGCUUGUUACUUGUAGCCUUGACGGAUCAAUUACCGUCAGAGAUAUAAACAUGAAAAAUCACAAGAAUUUACAUUUUAUGACACAUCAUAAGUAUGAUUUCGGUGUUACGACAUCUGUUGUUAACUCGACGGGCGACACAGUAAUUGCACUUGGUGCUGACGGAUCUUUGGUCGCUGUUUGUCGUUCAAAUGUCAAUGAGAUUCCAUUAGAUGACAGAUUUAUACAUUUAUUACAAUUUGGUGUUAUGAAUAUUCAAGAUCACGACGGUAGAGUUAUCGAAUAUAAAAAAGUAUUUGAUGAAAAAGUAAUCAAAUUUUUCAAUAUCGCAAUGGAAACUUAUGCGAGCAAUGAAAAUUAUCACAAUUUGACUUGGAUCGAAUGGCGAGAACAGCAGCUCAUUGAAGAAGAAAAAAAGAAAUUUUCGCGACAAAAAGAACAAUUGAAUUCGAAAUUUCACAUUGUCAAAAAUCAAUUGGUCGAGCUAUUGGAUAAAAAUGAAAAAAGCUCCGAUUACGAAAAACUGCCGAUAUCCCAAUUCGCUUUGAAUAAAAUGCAUCGAGAAAAGAGAAUGAAAACGGCAAAGGACGAGCGCGAAGAAGUGUGCCGUGAAGUAGAAGCGAAUUGUUCCGAAUUGGAACGAAUAUCAGAUUGGAUACAAAAUAAUUAUUGGAAUUCACAGCAAGUCUUAGCACAAUCAGUUUGUGGUAUAUUCGACAACAUCGAAGUGACAAAUUACGCGAUACCAGUAGAAAAAUUCGAAGCAUCAGCGUCGGACGACUUUAAAUAUGUCCAAUUUGCUCGCAAUGUUACAAAGCAGUUGAUGCAUACGGAGACUAUUUAUCCGUGGGAAGGCAACGAGAAAAGAAGGAGCAAAAUGAACAGUAUUCAAUUGAGAAACAUCUUUGAAGAAGAAGAUAUCGGACAACUUCUUGCGAUCGACGAAGAAGCAGAAGUUGACGAAGAAGAAGAAAGAAACAAAUAUUUAUUAGAAGGUCUGACAGCUCGCGAGUUUAUCGAGCCAUCCGGCAACUACUACUCACAAUUUGAAAUUUAUGCAUUUACUCAAAUCACAUACGACUCGUACAACAUCGCGCAAGACUGCAUGCUGUUGCGUCUUUUUUUUAACGAGCGAUUCAACGAGAUGUACUCAUUGAAAGAGCGCGAAAUGAAUCUAGUACGCGAACGCAUCGAUCGUAUUAUUCACAUAACCUCCGAACUUUACACGAUGUUUAACGAAUUGAUUUCGGAGAACUUCGUUUAUCCCGAAUGGAAUCCAAAAGAACACCCGAAGUCAAUUAUUGAAGUGAGAGAUUCGGAAAUGUCAGCCAAACCUUAUAUAUCACCGUCGCGACAAGAAUUAUUGGAUGGAAAAGCAGCAGAAGAAGAGCACAGAAGAUUGGAGAUGCUCGCUAAUGAUUUUCGGGAGCGGGAAUUGCAGAAAAUGAUGGACGGCAAAUUGGAAGUGCGAUGGGAGGACAGUAUCAAACGCGAUCCACCUAAGCCUGAAUGCAUGCUCUCCGACAGAGAUCCUGAAACUUACACCGACGAGGAAAAUUUUGCUAUCAAACGUUACGAGGAAGAACUUAAAAACCUCGAGGCUGAGCGUGAACGUUACAGAAGACUUUUACACAUGGAAUUGGUCAAGACAACUAACGAACUUCGGGAGUCAAUCGAGAAGUUUAACUCUAGACUCGAAGAGUUUCGUUUGUUAAAAAUAAAAGUUGAAGUGGCGAUACAGCAGCUAAACUUACGGUACUUGCGAUACACCGUCGAGCACGUCAAUCGCCUGAUGGAAAUGAAAGCCGACGACGAUACAAAACAAACAAUCGAGCACUCAUAUAAUUUGAUAUCAGGUAUCAACGAGAAAAUAAAAGUAAUUCGGGCUGCCGAAGAAGAGUUACGUCAAAAAUACGAUACUCUCAUCACCAAGGACAAGUACAUGGAGAAGAAAUUGAAGAAUGAAUUUCCUUCGCUUAACAAAAAUGCUUACGCUGCGAUAGUGAUGCAAUUUAAAAAGCGACCCAAGUACUUUCUGAAAACCACUUCACCAGCUGAAGUUUUAGAUCUUACCAAAGCGAUUAAAACCGUCGAGAAGCCACCCUACUUGACAUUCGAAUGUAUGGAUUAUUUAAAGCAACUCGAAGGGCUGGAAAUACGACCCGCGAAUCUUCCGCAGUCGAUUGAAGAUUCGCAUUGGGAGAAUUUAGUGGCUCUUAGACGAUUGAAGAUCGAUCACGAAUUGAGGCAGCACGCGUUGUCGAUGGAACGGGCAUUGGCGGCUGCAGCCCUGGAUGAGUGCCAUCGAAAUCUUAUCGAGCAACGUAUCAACAUCGACUCGAUGAAUCGAGAGCUGAAAAAAGCGCGCAAGGAUAGAAACGAGCGUGAACUCAAUACGGAGGUGCAGUUGGUGCUGAAAAUGGGUCAAUCGGAAAUUGGCACGAUUAUGGGUAGCAUCACGGACGAUUGGAAGAAUGCAGUUGUCGUACCAAGAUCCGAUUUGGAUAGAGUGAACGAGGCGAUUUUGAUAGCGGGAAGGAAGAAGAUACGAACGAUCGUGAGAAGUUUGAAGCUUAGAAAGAGUAUCAUGGUGGAGCGAUGGGGUCAUGAGUGUCUUAAAGCAAACGUUAAACAUCUUGGAGAAGAUUUGUACUUUAUUAGGAUGGCUAACGUGACGAGGGAGAUCAGAGAGUUUUUGAGGAGAGCAGCAAAGGGUCAGAAGGAUGACAAGACCCCACAGAGAAUAGAGAAAGAGUUAAACAUAACUCGGCGCGGACAAGAAAAGAUCCUGAGAGACUGGGAAACCAAGCUCGAUGACGUUUACGAGGAAAUCGUGAAAAUUCGAAAGAAAAAUAAGAAAUUGGACAGAAGGGUGGUGAAAUUGAAUGUGGACAGAUGCGACAUGGAAUUGAAAAGAGAUGUCGAAGGUGAAGCGAGACAGAGGAAUUUUCGCGAGAAAGUUGUUAAAAUGGCCGCGCAACGAUCGGCUAUUGUCAGAAAGCUGCUGACACAUUACGAAGAGUUACUCGAACUUCGUCAAAAGAGGGACGGCGUUUCUUGCGUUGGAAAGCCAUUGGCCAAGUAA